CAAAAAAGACUUGCAAAAGCAUAAUGUCUGCCCAAGGUGGCGGCAGCAGCAAGUCAAACAAAAAAAAUUCAAAGUCAUCUGCAAAAUCAUUCGACAAGAAGGAAGACGUCCGAAGUCAUUACCAUAAAGAGGGGAAACAUAAUAUGCAAAAAACAUUUGAUAGAAAUUGGGAAAAGUGGGAGAAAUUUCGUGAGAAAAAGAUGGAAAUGAUGAAAGUCCAUAAAUACAAUGUGGAACAGCGACAAAAGAAUGAAAAUCAAGAUCGCAUGUUUUAUAGGCAUCAUUUUAAUUACCACCCUGUGAAGAGACCCAAAAGAAAGACUUCGCUCGAUCCAAAUUGGUACACUGAGAAUAUUUAUUCAAACCAGUCGAUAGACAACUCGGACGGCGAACAGGCACUAGCUAUAGUCAAUAGUUACCAGUCCAGAAAACCUCAAGUUUACAGAGAUAUCAACGGAAACCUGGAUGAUGAAAUUGGUGGUAUCUUUAGCAUUGGUGGUCAGUUUGAGCGGACCUAUAGAUAUCCUAAAUCCAAUAGUUGUUGUUUCGGUGGCAGUAGCAGUUUGACUAUUAACAAUGUUAAAAGUAAGAUUCCCAAAUCACACUCGUUUAGCACCUCUAGAAACAUGGGUGCAAAUAUGCACACUGGUAGAAGUUACAAUUGUAAUAGCUAUGAGAUGGCCGAAUUUCCUGGACACACAAUCCCUGGAUCUGGCAGAUUGGUUCACUACAAUGGAGGCAAUCUGAGACCGUUGGGAAUGCGUUUUUGUGACCGCGAAGGAUGCUUUAACGAAACAUGUUUUAGCAAGGAUUCGAAAAAUAUUCAUCAUAAUAAUAACAACUUGAUGAAGGAAUGGAAUCAGAGAAACCGGAACAACAUAAGACGAACGAUGGCUAGUGCCCGGCCGAUGCAUGUAAUGGAGGAAGAUUUUGACCUUUUUGAGGACGAAGAAGGCAGUGAACUCGAGUUUUACAACGAUGAUAAUUCGAUCGGGUUUGAGAAUUUCGAAGAUCGGUAUUAUUACAAUCGGAUGCCAUUUAACGACAACUUGGAUAGAUCUUACCGCCACGAGCGUUCAAAACACAUGCUGCGCGGAAACUUGGAUAGGAUUAGCAAGUUUGUGGAUGAUUUUCAUUUUGACAAAUCUUUCGAAGACGUUUUUAAUCAAAAUUGCUACAUUGAACAUUGCGAGGACAAAAUGAAACGCAACGAUUUCUUGUCACCGCCCCCCCACAUUCCAAAAAAUAAGAGCAUGCUUGAAGUGAAACCACCUAGUAAAUAUGAUGAUACCUCGUCGGAUUCCACCGAUCUCGAGCUAGACGAUUUUAACUUCGACUUUGAAAAAUAUUGGGAAGACCUGGAGAAACCAUCGCCUACAUCGCCAAGCGAACUUUUAGAAAACCGUGUACAGAAAAAAGUAAAAAAUGUUAACAUUAAUCGAUAUAACAAUGGAACCGUAAUUGACAUUUAUCAUGAUGAUGAUCCAUAUCAUUCGCACCAUCACUAUCGCGAAACAUCUCCGGAGAAAAACAACAAUUUUCAUUGCACCUUAUCACCGCCAUCAUUAAGUAAGUUUCCAAGAGGUGAUGAAAGAAACAAUAUAGGAACUGACAAUAGUAAAAACCCCAGUAGUAAACGCAACAACAACAAUAUCAGUAACAACAGUAGUGCGAUAAGCUUUCUUAACAACAUAUUCUCCAUCUAUAAACCGAGCAAAUAUUCACCGUUGAACUGCCACGUGGAGCAUAACUACUUGAAAAAUAUUCCGGCAAAAAAAAUGAACAUAGCGAAUUCCUCCGGGUCUGUCGGCAAUCCGCAUCGUGAAUUGGACAAUUCGGUGAAACGUCCACUUACGGUUCAUCCAUCAAAACAGUACUCACAACGUUCACACCACGGCACCCGGAGCCACAAGGAUCCACAGGCAAAAUUUCAAAUAAUUCCGGACAAAACCGGACUUAAGAUUUCACCACUAUACGAAACCAGUGCUGACUAUCGGAAAACGAAAUAUAAACUUAAAAGUACUUCCCGGCCUCUCAGCUUCUGGUGAUAGUUGCUCGAUUGCUCGUAUUAUUCAGAUGGCCGACUGGAUGGAUUACCCGUGAUAAAAAAGACUCGCAGAACAAAAUAUCUGAAGUACUGAAUAAAUCAUCAAUCAGAGUGUAAAAAUAUCAUUCACACACACAAAUAAACCAAAGCCAUAUGUUCGUUCAUGUACGCCACCAACUAAAAUCGACCAAGAACAAAGUCUGUAAAAAAUGUCACAACCAAUUCCUGUUACAAUGCAACAUACUAUUCACGUUAAUAUAAUCAUACACACAUGUUUAAUCUAUAGAAGUAACACCACACAACCACCAAAUAAUGUGAACAUGUUUUAAUGUAAACACACCCAUCUAAAAAUCAAUUGAUUGCCAAUUUUGAUAAAGUUUUCAGAAGGACAAACCACGUGCAAACACCCGUCAAACCAGUUCACUAAAUGUUUAAAAUAUUUCUUUUCAAAAGUUAAUCACAAACUGCAAAGUUGGACAUUUGAAAUGGGCAACGUUUGGAACACUUGAAAAAGCUCAAAUAUCUAUUUUUAACACAAGUGGCUUGCAAUUGUUUAAGGUCGAAUUUGAGAAUAAAAAAGAACAAUCAAUUUGAAGAAACUGUUGCCUGAUUCCAAAACUCCAACUUUCGUUCAAAACAGACAAACGAUACAUUCCAGUUAUAAUCCGUUCCGUAGCUUCUUUUCAAAUACCAAGGACAACCUUCUGCAGUUACAAACUGCUUUGCUCAAUCAGCACCAAAACAAAUUGAAUAAUUUUGUACUCUGAAGAUGACAAAUUAACACGGAAGCAACCAAGUUGGUGUGGAAUUCCUGAAUAAUACGAACAGGUCCAGUUCGUAAACUUCAACCCUUCGAUGGUUCUGUGUUAUUUUUUGCCACCAACAUAAUCUUAAAUGUUCUUGGUAACAAACAAGCAUCUGUGAAACUCUCAAAGCAAAAUGUUUAGUGAACUAGAUUUCCGUGACACAAAAUAGCGCGUGACCGUAAAAGGGUGCUUUUUUAAGUAGCAAUAGCAAUUGAUUUUUAUUUGCUCGGAAAAUCAACUGAAAAAUCAAUAGUGGUCUAAUGUCGAUAUAAAUAGAUUCCUCGAGUUGAACUCGAGGAUUAGUUUUGUUGCAAUCUUAGUCUGUCAAAUUUGUAGAAAUUUAUGUUGGAAUUUAUGUCUGAAGGGUUUGAAAAUUCUGUCGAAAUUUUUACUUUGAUAGAUCACAAUCAACGCUAAACAUAUAUGUAGAAACAUUCCGAUGUUUAUAAAUUUUGCUGAAACACCUUAACAUUUCAUUUCUUAAAUGGUUUAUUCACUAAAUCUAGAAUGCAAAUAACUACAGGGUUUAAAUUGAAACCUGAGAUAUGAGUACGCAUUUUUUUUUUUACAACGUCAUUGCAAUUGACAUAGUUUAAUUAAUUUAGACAUUUCCAUCUUUUUCAAAUAAUGGCUUUAUUUUGAACUUUUAAGUUAUUUAACAAAUGUGUACAGAAAAUGAUCAAAAUUUAUGUGUAUCUGUUUUGGCAGCAAAAAAAAUAUCGUAAAUUUUAAUAAGUAGGUAUUCAUGGCUUUUCAGAAUCAAUCGAUUUUUUGAGGUUCUUGAAAAA